GACUAGUGGAGGGUCACAUACUUUGAUGGUUCACCAACCCUUAAGCUUUUGGAUCAUCUUUACUUGCGCGCACACACACACACCAAAGAUGCCAUCCUACACUGUCACUGUUGCCACAGGGAGCCAAUGGUUUGCAGGAACCGACGAUUACAUAUACAUUACCUUGGUGGGAACAGAGGGCUGCAGUGAGAGGUCUUUACUGGACAAACCCCUCUACAACGACUUCGAAAGAGGGGCUGUUGACUCCUAUGAUGUGAAUGUCAGUGAGGAUCUGGGAGAGCUGGAGGUGGUGAAGCUCGAGAAGAACAAGUACUGGGUGCAGGACGACUGGUACUGUAAGUACGUGACAGUGAAAACCCCCUCUGGAGACUAUGUGGAGUUCCCUUGCUUCCGCUGGCUGGUGGACGACAAGGAGGUGGUGCUCAGAGAUGGACGAGCACGCCUCCCCCAAGAUGACAAAACCAGGCUGGCAAAGCAACACCGACGCAAAGAGCUUGAGACCAGACAGAAAACCUACAGAUGGAAGGAGUGGCAGCCAGGCAUUCCUAUGAGCAUAGAUGCUAACAAGCACAGUGAGCUACCCAGGGAUAUCCAGUUUGACAGCGAGAAGGGAGUGGACUUUGUUCUCAACUACACUAAGGCGAUAGAGAACCUGUGUGUCAACCAGUUCAUGCACAUGUUCCAGUCUUCCUGGAGGGAUCUUGGUGAUUUUGAGGCCAUCUUCGUGAGGAUAAAAAACACUAUCUCAGAGUAUGUGAUGCAGCACUGGAAAGAGGACUUUAUGUUCGGCUACCAGUAUUUGAAUGGCUGCAACCCUGUGAUAAUCCGAAAAUGUUCCAAGCUGCCAGAGAAGUUCCCUGUCACCCACGAAAUGGUCGAAGACUGUCUAGAGAGAGACCUUACCUUAGAACAGGAGAUACAGGCAGGCAACAUCUACAUAGCGGAUUAUGAAAUCCUGGAGGGCAUCACUGCCAACAGCACAGACCCUUGUACUCCGCAGCACAUAGCAGCUUCAAUUGUUCUGCUCUAUAAGAACGUACAGAACAAGGUCAUGCCACUGGCCAUACAGCUGGGUCAAACCCCAGGAGAGGACAGCCCCAUCUUCCUGCCCAGUGAUGGCCAGUAUGACUGGAUGCUGGCUAAGAUAUGGGCACGCUCUUCAGACUUUCACACCCACCAGACAGUCACACACCUGUUGAGGACACACCUAAUUUCCGAAGUAUUUGGCAUCGCCAUGUUCCGACAGCUCCCCUGUGUCCACCCAGUGUACAAGCUUAUUCUUCCUCAUGUGAGAUUUACUAUCGCCAUCAACACCAAGGCUAGAGAGCAGCUCAUUUGUGAAAGUGGCAUCUUUGACAAGGCCAAUGGAACAGGUGGUGGCGGCCAUGUUGAAAUGAUCCAGAGGGCCAUGAAGUCAUUCACCUAUAAGUCUCUGUGUUUCCCUGAUGAAAUCAAAGCCAGGGGCGUGGAGAGCCAGGAAGAACUACCCUUCUACUUCUAUCGAGAUGAUGGCAACGCUGUGUGGGAGGCCAUCAAGAGUUUUGUAUCAGAUGUAGUUGAUAUCUACUACGACAGUGACGAGAAGGUGCAGAAGGAUGAGGAGAUCCAGGCCUUUGUCAAAGACGUGUGUAGCUUCGGCAUGCAGGAUUUUGACAGCUGUGAGUUUCCAAAGUCCCUGAAGACUCGCAACGAGCUAAUAGAGUACCUGACUGCCAUCAUCUUUACUUCCUCGGCCCAACAUGCUGCUGUCAAUUUUGGACAGUAUGACUGGUGUUCCUGGAUACCCAACUCCCCCUCUACCAUGCGGAAACCCCCACCAUCCAAGAAGGGCGUGGCAGACGUGCAGCUGAUCAUCGACAGUCUUCCCGACCGUGGGCGUUCCUGCUGGCACCUGGGGGCUGUCUGGGCCCUUAGUCAGUUCCAGGAGAAUGAGGUAUACCUGGGCAUGUACACUGACGAGCACUUCAUAGAGAAGCCUGUAAAAGACGCCAUGAAGGCCUUCAGAAAGAGACUGGCAGACAUCACCAGCACCAUCAAGAGGCGGAAUGAGGGGAAGAAGCUGCCUUACUACUACCUGUCACCUGACAAAAUCCCUUGCAGUGUUGCUGUCUGAGAGAGAGGAGACCGAAGAGAGCCUGGAGAGAUUUCCUUUUUUUCCCUCCUUUCAUUAUCAUCUAUCACAUCUCUUUCCUUUUUAUAUCUGCCAACUGUUUGGAGAGAAUUCUAUGGAUGGUUUUGCUUUCAUGCUUAAAAAUUUGAAAAGAAAAAUGAUUUACAGAAAGUGAAGCCUCUGCAUGCUCUUUCAGUUUAUAUAUAUAUAUAUAUAUAUAUAUAUAUUUACAGCAUCUGUUGUCAACAACAACAAAAAAACUUGCUAAAAUGUUAAUCUCAAUACAAAAAAGUCAAAUACCAACUAUGUAAGAUGUCUGAUUUUAUAGAGGACAACAUGGAAAAUCCCUUUGUAUGUAUAACUGGUUCAUAUAUUCUAUUGCUAUUUCGUUUUUUUAACAAUAAUUGCGUUAACACAACUAGCGAUCAUACCUGCGGACUAGUAGAGUAUAGGUUGGUAGUGAUACAUUGGUGUUGGAUUACUAUUGCUUUGAAUGCAGCUUAUCAUUAUUACACUGUGAUAACAAUAAAGGUCAUAAUCACAAACCCU